CCCGAGCUUCCGUAGCAGCGAAAACAUUGUCAAGCAGCUGUUCCGUGCGUAUUAUGUUACAGAGCUCACGUGUGCGACUUUACUGCGUAUAGUGCUGUAGCGGAAAAUAAUGUCUACCGUCAUUAACACAAUGGAGCCUGUCAUAAAAGUGGAGCCCGUCAUAAUAGUAAAUCCUGGAGCGACGAAAUGGGACAUUCGUCAGAAAGUUUGGGACUACAUCGAAGAUAAUAAUCUGGCCAAUUUCCCCAGGCCUGUUCACAACAGAAUCCCAAAUUUCAAGGGUGGUGUGCUCACUGUGACUUGUUAACUGUCUGUUUUGCAUGGGGGGCCACGCUACUCAGGACAUUAUGUAGUAAGUAAUAAAACGGAAAUUAAACACACAGUUUACUACAAACCACACUUCUGGUCGUAACAUCUUAUGUACACCCACGGAUCCAUAUCAUUAAUACAACUAAAAUGAUUUAUUUUAAAUUAAAGCAAUGUUUUCCUAAAUCAGUGGGUUAAUAAAUGCACAGGUCACAACCUGUCUUCCAUAUGUUAAUAAUAUAUAAUAAUAAAUAGGAAUGUGAACUAUUUGCUCAUAACUGGUUAAAAAGAAAGUAACUGGGUCAAAUAAUUGCUAAAAUAAUGACACCAUGAGGUUUUCACAGCAGCCUUUAACCACUUUUGAAUGAAUAAUGUCUUGUUUGUAUUUGCAUCUAUGUUUUUUUACUGUGUACGUACUGGCCAGGGUGCAAGUCAAGCAUGCAACAGGCUUGUAGACCUGCAGGAGUUCAAGUCCAGCCAGACAAUCAAAGUAAACCCAGACAGACCUCAGCAGCAGGCACGCUUUGUCGCUCUGGAAGCGCAGAAAACUUUAUUGGUCCCGACUCCUCGUCUUCGUACUGGCCUUUUCAAUAAAAUCACACCUCCCCAGGGGGCCACCAAAGAACAGCUACGCAUAUGCUCUUCCUCACAGGGUGUGAGAGACUUCAGUGUGCCUUUUGACCUGGAUGAGAAGGUGAAGGUCGACCUGGUAGUGGUCGGCUCUGUGGCGGUGUCAGAGAAAGGCUUGCGGAUUGGAAAAGGAGAGGGCUUCGCUGACCUGGAGUAUGCCAUGAUGGCCUCCAUGGGAGCUGUGAAUGAGUCCACUGUGGUGGUGACUAUUGUCCAUGACUGCCAGGUGGUGGAUAUUCCAGAUGAGAUAAUGGAAAGCCAUGACCUGACUGUGGACUACAUCCUCACACCCACCAGAGUUAUCAAAACCGAUUGCCAGGUGCCCAAACCACAAGGAAUCUUCUGGAAUAAGCUGAACAGUGAAAAGCUGGAGAAGAUCCCCAUCCUGAAGAAGUUGCUUGCUCUGGAGGAACAGGCUGGGAAGGAUGUUACACUGGGGGUGGCGCCCACUGCUGCAGAAUCUGGUAUGCAGACCGGUCAACCAAAAAGGCAGACCAGACGGAGGCCAAGGCAGAACAUACAGCAGGAUGAUAAGGGUGAAUCCAAGCAGGAGAACAUAGAGUCAGAAAAGCGAGUCAGACAACGCCCAGCUAGAGUGAGGAAGGACAGCAGAGGAGAUGGUGGGGGAGGUUAUGAGAGGGGAAAGGGAAAAAGAGGAGAGAACCUGAAGGAAAAGAACCCAGAGGAGGGAGGAGGUGAAGUCCCGUCUCAACGUAAGCUCCCUCUGAGUGUGACCACGGUUUACCUGGGGGGAAUCCCUGCCGGGCUGCGUGUGAGCGAGCUGAAAGCUGCCCUGAGGGAGAGGGAGGCCGCCCCGCUGAGGCUCACCUGGCAGGGAGCUCAACACAGGGCCUUCCUGGACUACAGCGACCCCCAGGCUGCAGAGCAGGCCCUGGAGGCCCUGCAGGAUCUCAGUCUGAAUGGUCACAGUCUGCAGGCUGAGCUGGCCAAGAGCCAGCGGGGAGGGAAGAGGUCCGGACAGUCCAAUCGGAGACCGAGACCGUCAACGCCUCCCAAAUCCAACCCGGCGACAGCAGAUGAGAGUGACACCAAUGAAAAUGCUGAGCAGUAAUGGCAAUAAGCAAUACUGAGCCCAGAAGUAUUAAUUGCGGAGCUGCGUGAAAAUGCCUUAAGAAGAAAUGUUUGUUUUUUUUUAUUUUUAUUUUUUUUUUAUAUUUCGGGAUUUAUUACAACGGUUAUUUGAACUGUAAGAUAUCUAAAUUGACGGCUAAGACUAAUGGGCUUGAAAAAUUUGAGUAGAAUAUGUGAUGGUUGAAUCAAAAAGCAUUUCACCAAAAAGGUAUUUUUUUUUUUUAAAGAAUAUACCAUUUCCCAAUACUUAACCACAUACCUAUGUGCCUUGUUUACUCUCACGCCACCGUCAGUGUGCCCCGAGAACCUUUGGUUUUUGACGGUACUUUUUUAAAAUAGUUGACAUGUAGUAGACAUGCACAAGUUAUUUCCUUUAAACUGUACGUACACAGUCUAUUCGUUAAAAUAGAUGUGUAGAGUAGAUUGUUAAAAUACAUUUAAUUUCCACAACCAGUUAUCAAAGGUGCCUCCGUCAGGAGCGUCUUGUUUUUGAACCGAUCUACUUGUUGAUCUAAAAGCCAUUUACAAAAGUCGUGGGUCAAGGAUUAAAUGCUUAGUUUUUGUUGCACAAUAACGCAACCAUGUUGUCAUUUAAACCAUUUAUAGCAUCCCGAUGGUUCAUGAGGCUGGACGCUAGACAAUGAAUUUAAAAAGAAAAACCUGGUUUAACAUCUAGCUCUCCAUUAAAGCCAAAGCGGAGUUGAUUUAUUUUAAAAAUACUUUUUUCAACAUUCCCACAAAUUUAAACUUAUUGUUAUGCGGUUCGGAUUAGAACACCACAAGCGGCGUAUAAAUGGCCGUCACUUUCAGGACAAAUCCACGACUCUGUUGAAAAUGUGCGUAAUUAUCCUUUAAAACGACCUAGGGUUUAGGUCCAAACAUCUACUUGAUUGUUUGUAUAUUUGAACUAAGAUCUGGAUAUAGAUGCAGACAAUGAAGCGCUAAACCUAUUUUAUUUGAAAACUACAUGUGGGGGUCCGUGUAGCCUCGUUGGAGCCAUGCUUUUUGAUUUCGACUUGCCGUUUCUACCGGCUUAUGUUUUGUUCAGGAUAUUUUGGGAAUGGAAAUUGUAAAUUUGAAGCAGUGUUAAUUGUAUCUUUGGUUGACAGAAAUGACACAUUCAUGGCUUCCUGUGUGGUUUUGCCAGUUUGCGUAUGAAGCCAGGCUCAUGUAACAGUUGAGAGAUGCUACGAUGCCGGCUGAACUGUUCUAGUGUUAAUGCAUCCGUUUGUAACCUGUUAUAACAUUUUCCAUUGAAGCAUUUGACUGUA